CACGCAGAAUUAAGCGAUUGCUAAAUAUAAUAGCAAAAGUCGUUUGUCGUCCGAAAUUUGCUUCGCAAACGGUCCGCCACAUUGCACAGCCGUUGAGUACACCCGAACGUCAUGUUGUGCUUUCUGUGCUCAACUAUCGAUAACUUCCGAUAACUAAAGCGGCCCAUUGUUUACAACCAAAAUGAACAACAAUUUUGUAUUACUUUUAUUAACUAUAUUAAUUAUAAACUCAAGCUUGGCCAAGGAAUCGACGCCGCAAUGCAAUGAAGAUGGGGCGACAACAUGUCUGGAAUUGAACACAAAUCUUAACGAUAAAAUUACGCGCAGCAUAAAAAUAGCUGUAGACAGCUAUGAGGCCUGCAGCAAGGAUGCAAAUGACGUCAAUUGCACGUGCUAUGCAGCGGGCAUUAAACGCGAUCUGGCGCCAUACAAAUCAAUAGGUUUCAGCCGGCAAAUGCUCGAAGAUGCCGCCAAAUACGGCACCCGCUACAAGAUCUACGGUCAAAAACUGUUCCGCGAGGAGAAUUGUUUCUUUCCCGCUCGUUGUCAGGGUAUUGAGCACUUUCUGUUGGAACUGCUACCGCAGUUGCCGAACAUGGAUUUGGUGAUCAACACCAGAGAUUAUCCGCAGCUGCACUCGAGUUGGUCGUCGAGUCGAAUUGGGCCCGUCUUCUCCUUCUCCAAGACGUCCGAAUAUCGGGAUAUUAUGUAUCCAGCGUGGACAUUUUGGGCAGGUGGUCCAGCGACCAAAUUGCAUCCAACGGGCAUUGGACGUUGGGAUCUGAUGAGUGGCAAGCUCAAAGAGGUGACAACCAAAAUACCGUGGCAGGAAAAGGAGCAGCUCGGUUUCUUUCGCGGCUCACGCACCUCCGACGAGCGGGAUUCGUUGAUUUUGUUGUCGCGCCAGCAGCCACAACUUGUGGAGGCGCAAUACACCAAGAAUCAGGCAUGGAAAUCACCAAAGGACACCCUGGAUGCGCCGCCGGCAGAAGAGGUCUCCUUCGAGAAUCACUGCAAAUACAAAUAUUUAUUUAAUUUUCGUGGCGUCGCCGCCAGCUUUCGGCUGAAGCAUUUGUUCCUCUGCAAUUCGCUCGUCAUCCAUGUGGGCGAGGAGUGGCAGGAGUUCUUCUAUCAUCAGCUGAAGCCCUGGGUUCAUUACGUGCCCCUCCACAGCUAUCCCAGCCAGGCGGAGUACGUCCAGCUGCUCGACUACUUUAAAAAUCACGAUGUCCUCGCGCAGCAAAUUGCUCAGCGUGGACAUGAUUUUAUUGGGCAGCAUCUGCGCUUCCAGGACAUCAAAUGCUAUUGGCGCAAGUUGCUCAAACGCUAUGCGAAACUCUUCAAAUACGAGAUUAAACCAGAUCCUAGCCUGAAACGCAUUGGCGGCGGCAUCAGGAAUGAAUUAUAGUACGCGAUUAUCCUUGAAUAUAUCACAAUUUUUGUUGUGGAUUUUUAUCAUUUAGUAAAUAAUUUUUAGAAGUGCAAAAAUAAGUUUAAAAAUGUUAUUCGGAGAGUACUAAAUUUUGGUCAUAUAUCUUCAAUAUAUCAGAAAUUUAACGUGGAUUUUAACAUUUAAUAUUUCCGCCCCCAAAAAAGUUAUUCACUAUUAUUUAUAUUAAUUUUUUGAGCUGUAGAAUUUGUUUACUUUAUUAUGCAUUAACUUUCCCCUUCUUGAGCGGGGGAAAAACAAAAUCAGAAAAGUUAUUCAUCCUUGUAGAGGGUACUCAAACAUAUUUAUUUAUUUAAAUAUAUGACAAUUUUC